AUGUUUCUUUUUCUUCUUCUCGAUGUUUUUUGUAAAGGAAACAAAAGAUACGAUGGUACUACUUUCAGCAACGAGUAUCCAUCAUCGUCAUCAUCUUUCGAUCAACUAAAUGUGGCAAUGCAUUUUAUCUCCGGUCUACCGGUUUGUCCACCAAUAUGUCCUCCGUUGAAUUCCGAUCCUUUCGUUUCUUCUUCGGAAGAAAAUCUUCAUGUACGAUCAAAUGUUUUAUUUAAUCGAAAAUUAAAUAAAUAUGCCAAACAAUUUGGUCGUCGCUUUAUUUUCGCUUCUACCAAGGAGAAUUUUUCCGAUGAGAAAGAUAUUGACGAAGAAUUCGAUAAAAUAUCUUUGUCUGCCACUACCUACAAUUCUCAAGAAAUCUUAGAUUCAAUUCAUGACACUCCAAAUUCCAAGCAACAUUCGCCAUUAAUUGAUUCGGAUGGAUUACCGAUCACAAAAAGAAUUUUACCAGGCAUAAAUAAUCAACAUGAUACAAUACUCGAUGAUGGAAUAGGAAAAACGACGAACGGAGGAAUAAAUAAUGGAAAUAACGCAUCCAGUGAACAGCAGGACAACAAUGCCUUUUACAAAUGCAUCGAUAGUGCACCGGAUAUACCUGAACGAGGCAAAAUGGUUCCGUUGGGUCUCGACAUGGGUAUAUCAGUUGGUAAACGUUCAGCUGGCGUGCCGAGCGCUAUUGGAAGACCAAAUUUAAACGACGAAGAAUUGCGUACACAUGUAUAUAAAAAAACUUUACAAGCAUUGAUUUAUCCGAUUUCGUUGACGACGCCGCAUGAUUUUGAAUUUUGUUCAUUUACACAUCCAACCUAUUGCUAUGAAUGUGAAGGUUUACUAUGGGGUAUCGCUCGGCAAGGUCUAAAGUGCCGAGAAUGUGGAGUUAAAUGUCAUGAAAAGUGUAAAGAUCUCCUCAAUGCUGAUUGUCUUCAACGACGCGCUCAGAAAAAUGCCAAACAUGGUGCCGAUGAUAAAGCAAAAAAUUUAAUGGAGGCCAUGCAUGAAAAAAUGACACUCAGGGAAACAACACGACCCUAUUUGUUUAAAACAAUCAGGGAUGUGUUCAAUGUCGAUGAAAAAUCUCAUGUUGGUCAUAUGAAAGCUGUUAAACAAAGCGUACUUGAUGGAACAUCGAAAUGGUCAGCCAAAUUGGCCAUUACUGUGAUAAGUGCUCAAGGUUUAAUAGCGAAAGAUAAAUCUGGUACAUCUGAUCCAUAUGUGACCGUUCAAGUUGGAAAAGUAAAAAAACGUACGAAGACAGUUUAUUCCGAGUUGAAUCCAACAUGGAAUGAGAAAUUUUUCUUUGAAUGUCAUAAUUCAUGUGAUCGAAUCAAAGUUCGAGUAUGGGACGAAGAUGACGAUAUUCGAGCGAAAUUAAUGCAGAAAUUAACACGUGAAUCAGAUGAUUUUCUUGGACAAACAAUCAUUGAAGUUCGAACAUUGUCAGGUGAAAUGGACGUUUGGUAUAAUCUUGAAAAGCGAACAGAUAAAUCGGCCGUUUCUGGUGCUAUUCGUCUACAUAUAUCAGUGGAAAUCAAAGGUGAAGAAAAAGUAGCGCCAUACCACGCACAAUACACCUGUUUACAUGAGAAUCUCUUCUAUUCGCUUUGUGAAAAUAAUAAUGGUCAACCAAUUAUCCCUGAAGCGAAAGGAGAUGAUGCAUGGAAAGUUUACUUUGAUGAACCGUCACAAGAAAUUGUCAAUGAAUUCGCUAUUCGAUACGGCAUUGAAUCCAUUUAUCAAGCAAUGACACAUUUUGCUUGUCUAUCAACGAAAUACAUGUGCCCCGGUGUUCCUGCUGUGAUGAGUACACUCUUAGCAAAUAUCAAUGCCUACUAUGCACAUACAACAGCAACGACAGCAGUAUCAGCAGCUGAUCAAUUUGCUGCAUCGAACUUUGGAAAAGAAAAGUUCAUCAAAUUACUUGAUCAACUUCAUAAUUCAAUUCGAAUUGAUUUGUCUUUAUAUCGAAAUAAUUUUCCUUCUUCAAAUGUAGAACGAAUGCAAGAUUUGAAAUCAACAGUCGAUCUUCUAACAUCAAUAACAUUCUUUCGUAUGAAGGUUCAAGAAUUAAGUUCUCCACCACGAGCGUCAACCGUUGUCAAAGAUUGUGUCAAAAAUUGUAUUCGUCAUACGUACAACUUUUUAUUUGCAAAUUGUGAUGAAGUUUACAAACGAGAAUCAAAGCAACAAAACAAUCUAACCGCAACGUCGAUUGCAGACAACAAUGAACAACUUGAUGAAGGUUUACAAAUGUUACCAUCGACAACAACAACAACGACGGUUGUUGGACCAAGUUUGAAAAAUCUACAAUUUUGGCAUCAAUUAAUGUACUUGUUAACAUGUAUCAUAUCAGAAGACAGAGAACGAUAUUGUUUGGUGCUGAGUCAAUUCCCAUCGGAACUUAACGUAGGUCAUAUAAGUGCAGAUACCCUGUGGAAACUUUUGUCAACUGAUCUAAAAGAUCAUCUUGAAGAACAUGCACGAGUUCCUGCUGAACGCCGUGAAGUGAAAAGUGCAGAUUAUAUGAAUCUUCAUUUUAUGGUUAAACGAUUCUACGAUACUUCUGUCAAGAUAAUACCUGAAGCAAAAAACAUCGUUCCUGAAUAUCCUAAUGCAUAUACACCGAAAGAUUUUAAACGAUGGUUUGAACCUUUCGUAAUGCAAUGGUUGAACGAAAAUGAUGAUAUGUCUAUGGAAUAUCUUCACAAUGCCUUGGAAAAAGAUCGACAAACAGGGUUUCAACAAACGUCGGAACAUUGUUUAUUUUCUUCGUCUGUUGUUGAUGUUUUCACUCAACUGAAUCAAUGUCAUGGAAUCAUCAAAACUCUCGAUCUGCACGAUCCGCUCGUUAUCUCGAAGUAUAUGCGACGCUUUUCAGUAACCAUUUCACAAGUUUUACUCGGCUAUGCAAAUGCAAUACGACGAACAUUUGAACAUGUCGGCGGACAAGAUCGAAUUUGUUCGAUAUUGAUGAACAAUAUUCAGCAGUUGAGACUGAACUUAGAGCAAUUGUACGAACUCAUGGGUGGUGCGCAACUAGAUGAUGAAACGAAAAUCAUGCUUAAUGAUUUACAGAAGCAGUUAAGUGAUGUUCUUGAUGAAUUGAGCGCCAUGUUUGUCAAAAGUAUUGAACCAACUAUAAGACAAUGCAUCGAAGAAGUUUACAAACAGUUACAACAGAUUAAAGGCAAUCAAAUGGGCUCUGGAAAUGCAAGUGGACAACAAAAAGGUGCCGAGGCAAUGGUAGUAACAAAAUCACUAUUAGAUUAUCUUGAUCAAAGAUUAACGUUUUUUGCUAAUCAAUGUGAAAAAACGGUAUUAAAACGUCUCUUGAAAGAAUUGUGGAAAGCUGUCAUCAGUGAUUUGGAAAAAGUUAUCGUGUUACCGCCAUUUAGUGAUUCAAAAAAUCUACUUACGAUUCCAACGGCUAAAAUCGAAGAUGCUUAUCGACUUCUGUCUGGGGAAUUAGGCCGUGAUAAUGAUCGAAGUUUGUCUCAAAAGCAAUGUCAAAUAUUAGAUCGUGGUUUAGAGGACUUAAAAGAAUUCUUUCAUGCGUCCGGUCAAGGUUUAAAACGCAAUUAUCUUGAGAAAACUUUGGAGUUGCAAUCACUUAAAUAUGCACUUUCUUUAUACACACAAACAACUGAUUCAUUAAUAAAAACAUUCGUUAAAACAGAAAAAGAUCAAGAUCGACCUGCAUUAGAAGAAUCAUUUGGUGAAGUUUCCAUUCAAGUUGAUUUAUUUACACACCCAGGAACUGGCGAACAUAAAGUUACUGUCAAAGUUGUGGCUGCCAAUGGUUUAAAAUGGCGAACAUCAGGAAUGUUUCGUCCUUAUGUCGAACUAGCGAUGUGCGGUCCUCAUUUAAGUGACAAAAAGCGUAAACAAACAACCAAGACAAAAAGUAACACAUGGAUACCGAAAUAUAACGAAACUUUUCAUUUUUUAUUGGGCAAUGAGGAAGAGCCUGAUUGUUAUGAAUUGAAUAUAUCUGUGAAAGAUUAUUCAUUCAUGCGAGAAGAUCGUCUAAUCGGUUUGAAUGUGAUUAAAUUAUCUCAAGUAUGUGAGCAAGGUUCCUGGUCAUCAUGGGUUCCACUCGGUUCACGUAUCAAUUUCGACGAUACCGGCUUGACAAUUUUAAGAAUUCUUUCGCAUCGAACAAAUGAUGAACUAGCACGAGAGUUUGUUGCAUUGAAAUCUGCUCGACGACAUAAAGAAGAAGUGUGA